AUGGUUUGGGAUAACAUUCGGGAGGUUAUUAGUUCAGGGUCUUGUCAGUGGGUGUUACUUGGUGACUUCAAUGCGGUUAGAUUUCCUGAAGAUAGGAAGAACACGGGUUUUAACAGAACUUGCGCUAAAGAUUUCAAUGAAUUCAUAGACGAGACUGGGUUGGUGGAGUAUAGUAUAAGAGGCCGUAAGUUUACAUUUUUAGCUCCGAAUUCUAACAAACUCAAUAAAAUUGAUCGUGUGCUAGUUAGUAAAGAUUUCUUUGAGGCUUGGCCCGAUGCUUGUUUUGGAGUGCUCCCGAGACUGCACUCUAAUCACUGCCCAUUAAUUCUUGAGACGUCUCGGAAAAAUUUCGGUGCUAAACCUUUCAGAUUCUUCAAUUCUUGGCUCGAAAAGGAAGGUUUUGAUGAUUUGGUGGAAACUGUCGUGGGUUUGUUUGUUAUGGAGGGAGGGCUUCCUGACGUGGUUUUGACUAAAAAGUUUAAGCACCUUAGAACCUGUAUUAAGAGGUGGAGAAACGAUAUGGAAAUCAAAGAGAAUGAGGACUUUUUGAGGGAUAAGGAAGAGUUGGAGAAUAUGGAUAAUAUUGUUGAAUCUACGGAUCUUAAUGAGGAAGUGUGUUGGAUAAAGGAGGAGUGCAUGAACAACAUUCGAGUUCAGGAGUAUUUGGCGGCCAUGGAUUUGAAACAAAAGUCUCACUGCAGGUGGGCGGUUGAGGGCGACGAGAAUUCUGGUUUUUUUCAUAGACUGAUCAACAACAGAAGAAAAAAAAACCGGUAUCCCAGGGCUCAACAUUGGGGGUACGUGGAUUACUAA